AUGGCGCCAACGGGGCCCAGAUCAUCGACGACGCAACGGAGACCUAGCCCCGCGCCCGCUGCCGAAGAGCCUCUCCCGCCGAGGGGACCCAACCCGGGCAAUUUGAAUGUCUCGAACCAGUAUACGUUCGAGCAGGACAUACGGCGAUUGCAGAAGGAGUACGGAUGUGACCCCGCCAGAGAAGACAGUUAUAGGAUACAAGGUGUUCAGCUGAUUGAGUCCGUUCGUCAGGCCUUGCGUCUGCCCGUCAAAACCUUUACUACAGCGUGCACUUACUACCACCUGUUCCGCCUCUGCCAUCGAGACGCCGAGUACAACUACCAGGACGCGUCCCUUGCUUCGCUAUUCAUGGCAUGCAAGGUGGAAGAUACUAUCAAAAAGUCCCGCGAAAUCUUAUGCGCCGCAUACAACACCAAGAACCCAACGCAACCGACAACGCAGGACGACAAGAUGUUUGAGAACCCGCACAAAAUCAUCAUCGGACUGGAGCGUCAUAUUCUCGAAACGAUAGGAUUCGAUUUUCGGGUGCGAUAUCCCCAGAAGGUUCUGGUCAAGAUGGUCCGCCAUAUGUUCGACGCGGACGAAGCCCGCGACGUCCUUGCUAUGGCUUACGACAUGUCCGUGGACAUGUACAAGACGUUUUCCCCUAUCAAAGCUUCCACAUUCACCAUGGUCUUGGCCUGCAUCGAGCUGACGGUAAUGCUCAAGGGCAUUGACCCGGCCCGGGUGCAGUGUUUGGACCUGAGAAGGUAUCACACUACCAGAGAAAGUAUCGUUGAGGUUAUGCUAGACCUCCUGGAUAUGUACACGCAAUUCGCCAAGCACACCAAAGUCGGCAUGAGAUUCGAGCUGUCGAAAUUCAUCGAUAUCAAGAUUAAGCUGAACCAGGAAGUCGAGAACAGCGAGAGCUCUGUGCGGCGGUCCGCAGUGUGGUGCGACAGGUGCGAGGAUGACGAGAAGGUCAAGUACCCAAUCACGCCCGGGUCCGCCACCUCACCUGCGACUACGGGAUCAUGGCCUGGGAAUAAGCGAUCGAGGCCAGGCCAGGAGCCGCAAGCGAUGCGCUUUGUCUACGAUGCGGAAGAGGCCAGGAAGGAAAGGGAGACCAACGACGAGCAUCUCAAAGAUGAGUACGAGGAAUACGAGAUCGAGGUAGAAGAGAAGAUUCCGGAACCUGAGCCUCGCCAUAACCAUGGGAGAGACAGGGGCCGACAUCAGGGGCACCGAAACCAUCAUGACAAUUGGGGGCCGUACCCGAGAAAUCGUCACGACCGACACAAAGGUGGCCGCAAGGGAGGCUACUACUGA